ACGUCCCCCCGGCCGGUAAGCCAUAAUGCAGUUCACCUUUGCAGAAGCUGCUGUCGGUAGUUGGUAGUCCUUUUCCGCCAAUUCGCCUGCAACAGACUCUUCAUCGAGACCGCUCUAGUGCCAACAGUUUCGCUAUUAUCGAUAUCGCGAAAGCACUCGGCUUUGUUUUGAUUACCGGUGAGUGGUACCAUUGUGUUUAAUACCCGUAAAAGAGAGCCUCUACCUCAAAAGAACUGAUUCCAAGAAGGCGAGGCAGCAGCAAUGGCGAGUAUAUCGAGAUGGUACAACAACUUUAUGAACGAAUAUCAAGAUCCAUGGACACGAGAUUGGUUUAUGGUUGGCAGUCCAGGCAAAUUGGCUUUAAUUCUCAUUUUUUACGUAUAUUUCUGCACUAAAAUUGGGCCUAGGAUAAUGAAAAAUCGAAAACCGUUGCAACUCACCAAAACAAUUCAGUUCUAUGACAUUAUUCAAGUUAUACUCAACGUCUAUUUAGUUUAUGAGGGUAUCAAAUGUGGUUGGGGAACAACGUAUCGCUUUGCUUGCGAACCUAUAGAUUAUUCAGGAUCGGAGGUUGGACUGAGAAUGAGAAGAGGAGUGUGGCUUUAUUACAUGGUUAAAUUGACAGACCUGCUGGAUACCGUAUUCUUUGUGCUUAGGAAAAAAUACAAUCAAAUUACCUUUUUACAUAUUUAUCAUCACACGCUUAUGCCAUUCUGCGGCUUCAUUGGAAUAACAUUUGUUCCAGGUGGUCAUGGUUCACUCAUGGGUCUAAUAAAUUCGUUUAUUCACAUUAUCUUGUAUGCCUAUUAUUUUCUGGCAGCGUUUGGUCCCGAAAUUCAAAAAUAUUUAUGGUGGAAGAAAUACGUAACUAAACUACAAUUAGUUCAGUUCUUUAUUAUAUUUGUACACAAUCUGCAAGUGCUUCCUCGCGAGUGUUCUUACCCCAAAUUCUUCAACUUCCUUCUGGCAGUGCAAGCUGGAUACUUCACAUAUCUUUUUGGUUCGUUCUACAUUAGAGCCUACAUUGAGAAGAAACCACAAACGACUAUUAUAAAAGAGGUUACAGCUAAUGGCACAACAAAUCAUAUUUCUAAUGGACAUGUAAAAGGAAAGGAUGAAAACUUAAACGAGAAAAAAUCUAGUUAAUAUUAGUAUGUAAAUAGAACUUUUAAUUAAUAUAAUGAUAGUAAUUGUUUAAAAUCCACUGAGUUGAUUACGGAAUCAGUAGCUCAUAUCUGACAAUGACCGAUGCUAUCCAUAACUAGAAAUGUGUUCAAGAAGUAAUUUGAUAUAUUUACAAAAAAAGUGUAAUCUAUCUUUGAACUCUUAAUGAAUUAAUUAUUGGAGCUGGUAAUACACGAACGUAUAUUUAUGUUCUGACUAGAUUAUAAGUACAACUUCUGAACGAGUUAGCAGAUUAGUGAUCUCGCUAGUCCAGUUUAACUCUAAAAAUGUUUUCUUUUAUUAAUAGUUAAUUAAGAAGUUCAAUAUAUUUUUACAUCCGUGUAGAGCAUCGGAACACGGGAUAUCCUAUGUUGUAAAUUUUGAAAAGGUCAAAUAUUAUCUACCUAGAGAAUUUUAUGUAAAGUUUGGUUUGGUUAAAGGCGUUAAAGUUUUAAAUUCGUUUCAUUUGAAGGUCGCAUUUAAAUAUUAUUUGCAAAAGUCUACCUUCAAGUUAGUAACGUUUACAAUAUUGGCCAGAGAAAGUCUACUUUAAUUACAAGGAAAAAUGUGUCAUUGUCAUUGUCAAAUUCAAUGCCACAUUUUGUUUACAAGAAUAUAUAACAAGAAUUUGAAUGUACCGAUUAGAGUGGAAACUGCCCAUAAGGACAAUGUAAACACUAUUUGGCGCUAUUCUUGCAACGGUCGCGACCCAAAGCUUUUGAUAAUUUUGGAGCGAUUCGGCUUUUUCCGGAAUUAUAU